AAACGUUAAUACGCCACGGUCUCUGGAUGAAAAAUGUUGGCCCUUGUUCUUCUGAUUGCCAGUUGUUUGGCCAUUCAAACGGCAGCCACUACGACACCAAUUCCCGCGGUCUACGAAGCUGGUGAUGCAGCUCCUGCAGGAUCGCCAAAUAAAGCGGAGCCAGGAAAGAGCUCCUCCGAAACAUCGAAAUACUGCGACCGCUCCUUGUGCCUCCAUGACCUCAAACAUGUGGCUUGCAACGCAUCAACCGAUCUGCACGACAAGUGCUCUCUAGACGCUGAGAUCCUAGAGAUAACCCCAAAGGUUCAAAGAUUUCUACUGAGGCGUUUCAAUGAGUUGAGGGAUAGCGUGGCCAAGGGAGGGUUCAACGGAUUGAGUCCUGCUAGCCAUAUGGGCACCUUGAAGUGGAAUUCGGAACUGGCCUACCUAGCUGCCUUCAAUGUGAGGGAUUGUGUCUUGAGACACGACGAGUGCCGAAACACGAACUUCACACAAAACGCUGGCCAGACGGUUGGUUAUCGAGGCAUUAAAGGAAAAGUCCCAGAGUUGGAGGACACCCUUAGGGACAUCAUAGCUGUGUGGAUGCGGGAGAACGCCGGAACUUCGAUGGUGAACAUCAUGAAAUAUAACGAGCCAGAAAUUGGGACGCCGAAGUACAACUUCAUACAGAUCGUGUUGGAGAACGCUGAAUUUGUGGGUUGUGCCAUCGUUCAGCAGUCCCGGAACGGCUGGCUUCAGACGUUCUUCACGUGCAACUAUGGAAACGCCCCCGUGGUGGGUUCGCCCGUCUACGAGUCCGGGCAAAAGGCGGCGGAGGCCUGCAAGUCCGGAGUGAACCCGAAAUAUGUACAUCUCUGUGCGGAGUCCGAGGUCUACGAAAAGGUUACUCCAAACGGAGGGAACGCGUCAAAUGCCGAAAAUAAAGCGAGAACUCUUGGGAAACGAGACUUCGUCAUGCUCAACAGCAAAACCGAUGAUGCCGAUUCACCAGUUUUACAACCUAGAAGUGGUUCGCCCGUCUACGAGUCCGGGCAAAAGGCGGCGGAGGCCUGCAAGUCCGGAGUGAACCCGAAAUAUGUACAUCUCUGUGCGGAGUCCGAGGUCUACGAAAAGGUUACUCCAAACGGAGGGAACGCGUCAAAUGCCGAAAAUAAAGCGAGAACUCUUGGGAAACGAGACUUCGUCAUGCUCAACAGCAAAACCGAUGAUGCCGAUUCACCAGUUUUACAACCUAGAAGUGGAACCCCGGCGGCUGAAGGAGGAGUGGCGGCACCAGCAGCCGAUGGAGCAGCAGCGCCAGCCGCCGCCCCAGCAGCCGAGGGAGGAGCAGCUCCACCUGCCGAAGCAGGAGCCACUCCAGCAGUCGAAGGAGCAGCUCCGGGAGUCACUCCAGUGGCUGGAGAAGGUCCCGCUACCGCACCUGCAGCUGGAGGGACACCCGGUUCCGGAUCGCCGGGAGGGGGUGAAGCUCAUGUCGAAGGGCUACUGGAACCCAAGCCGACGCCCCUAGAGAAGGCUGCGCUGGAGAAGAAAUUCGCCCGGUUCCUGGCGCUGAUGAAGCGGGCUGAGAUGUUUCACGGUCGCCGAAAGAUAGUGGUCAUAUCCAGCAAUCACGAGGUGGAAGAUGACCGCGUGCAGCAAGAAGGCGGGCAAGCCGAUUCAACUAAUAGCCCCAUGGAAAGCGCUUUCUCCAGCCGCGGUGGAAUAAUGAGAAGGUCGAAAAGUAGCCACGGACGCAGUCGCAGGCCAAGUUCCUAUUGGGCUCCGCAAUGGAUAGCUAUACCUUGAAGGCCCAAAGUGCAAUUCUUAGUGUAACCUGAUUGUAUAACCAUUGCUUAAAAGUCAAAUGUUUUAAAUUAUAUUGAAACAUAAUAAAAAGUUGCACAAUCUUAAUGUUAAA